GAGGGAGCAAGGAGAAACUGUGCUGUAAAAAUGACCAGCAUCCAUAAAGGAGCCAUUUGAGGACAAAGAGAAAUCAGAGAUUUGAUGACGGAUGACAGCUUCAUGCCAAGGCUGAAGACAACCUGAAUACGCACACACACAAGCAUUUCAAGUAAGCUCUGACUCUGUCCACAGCGCACUGAUAAAGGAGAGGUCUGGUGCGAGCAUCCGACCCAGCACAGAGUCACACAGCCGACAGAAUUGCAGCGAGUUUCGCAUCUGCAAACAUUUGGCUCCAGCUGUGAUUCGGAUCUUAUUUCUGCCUCUGAACUAAGCAAAAGAAAGCAAGGAUAGGUGUUUUGAAGAGCUGACUGGAGUGGUGAAAUAGCCGACACUUGUUGCUCGUCUCGUCAGGUAAACCUCCUGCCGGCAGCCAGUGGAGAGUCUGGUGCGCACAUGGCACCGAAAACGCGCUCCUCACACUGCUGACAGUCGCGCAAUUAAAAAAAAAUGGAGCCACACACUGGAUAAUGAGGCCUACCUACUGAAUGGUUGCUACUUCACACCAAACCUUGUCUUGUUAAAGUUUGGCAUUUUCUUUUGAAACCUAAUUUUUGUUUGGUGGUUACACACACAUACACAUACACACACAAAAACGCAGAGCCAUGCUGGGUCUAAACAGGAUUCUCAGCCUCCGGACAGCCCGCAUUCGGAGCUGUGGUUCACCGGCGGUCAAGCUCCCAUCCCGGUCUCCUUCAUGCCAAAACACCGGUGCCAGUUCGAGGAUUUACUGUGCGUGUCUGUUGCUGCUGCUGCUGGUGACGCCUCGGGCGGACUCUUCAUGGUGGUACAUCGGUGCACUGGGGGCCCGUGUGAUCUGCGAUAACAUCCCAGGCUUGGUGAACAAGCAGCGGCAGCUCUGCCAACGCCACCCAGACAUCAUGCAGGCCAUAGGUGAGGGCACCAAGGAGUGGAUCAGAGAGUGCCAGCACCAGUUCAGACACCAUCGCUGGAACUGCAGCACACUGGACCGCGACCACACUGUGUUUGGACGUGUCUUGCUACGGAGCAGUCGUGAAGCAGCAUUUGUCUAUGCCAUCUCCUCAGCGGGAGUGGUGUAUGCGCUCACUCGGGCCUGUAGCCAGGGGGAGCUGAAGACGUGUAACUGCGACCCUCACAAGCGUGGGCGGGCUAGCGAUGAGAGAGGAGAGUUUGACUGGGGCGGAUGUAGUGACAACAUCAACUAUGGGAUAAAGUUUGCCAAAGCCUUCAUAGACGCCAAAGAGAGGACAGUCAGAGAUGCACGAGCGCUCAUGAACCUACACAACAACCGCUGUGGCAGAACAGCAGUGAAGCGAUUCAUGAAGCUGGAGUGUAAAUGUCACGGCGUGAGCGGCUCUUGCACACUGCGGACAUGUUGGAUGGCUAUGUCAGAUUUCAGAAAGACCGGUGACUACCUCAGGAGAAAAUACAAUGGCGCCAUCGAGGUGACGAUGAAUCAGGAUGGGACAGGCUUUACUGUGGCUAACAAAGACUUUAGGAAGGCCACCAAGAACGACCUGGUCUACUUUGAGAACUCUCCAGAUUACUGCCUACAAGACAAAUCAGCAGGCUCCCUGGGCACGGCUGGGCGGGUCUGCAACAAGACAUCACGCGGCACAGAUGGUUGUGAGGUCAUGUGCUGUGGGCGGGGCUACGACACCACGAGAGUCAAGCAAAUAACUAAGUGCGAGUGCAAGUUCAAAUGGUGUUGCGCCGUGGAAUGUAAGGACUGUGAGGAAGCUGUGGACAUACAUACGUGCAAAGCCCCCAAACGAGCUGAAUGGUUGGACCAGACCUGAGGACACGCCCCAAUUGCCCCCCUGUAAUGCAACCCCACCCCUUUCCCCUUUACAGGACAUCCUGUGGAACAUGGCAUUCUGGGAAAGUUUGUCCAAAAGUGCUCUGCAUCUCCGCCCUCCCCUGCCCCGACCUUGGGUGCAUCAUUGCAUGGCUUUUCUACCUGUCUCUGUGAAAGCACUAGAAUUCAGUACCCAUCAAUAUGAAUUAAUACCCAUUAGCCCCUGUUUGUGAAUGGCCCUGUGACUGAACUGCUGGUAUCAGAUGAUGAACAGUGAAACCAGUGAACACUUUGGGGUUUGGGUGGAUUGGGCUUUUAUCCAAGAUUCAGUCCAGAUGGCCUUUUUUUAUAGCGUGUGGUUCUGGGUUAAAAAUGGUUUGCUGCUUUCAUGAUGCUUUAAAGACACAUUGUUACAUUAACUGAGCCUUCAGACAUAUCCAGUAUUAUUACAACAUCAUAUACUCACAUCAUUUUAUUUUUUUUUUUUUUUUUUUGGGGGGGGGGACACUUUUAUCUACCAAAAACAAAUGCUUGGUUUGACAUUGGGAAGUAUCUUGACAAGUGCACUUUGAGAAAGUGGACAUCUAAGUGUAAGUUUGGCUCUGUGUGGCCAAACAGAAGUCCAGGCAGAGGACUACAAGGGAGGACAGGGAGAUGGACACCAGAUGAAUAAAUGGACGGAUGCGUCAUUGGAACUUUGAAUGCAACUGUAAAAAGAAAAGAGGAGCUGUUUAAAGUGAUUUAUUUAAAUUGUAAAGUGUUGUUUCAUUUCUCAUCUGCGGAUGACACUGCACUACAUUGGCUGACACGAGAAGAGAGAAGAGCACUCCCAUUAUUAUGAUUAUACAGUGUACUCUAGUUUUCAGUGUGUAAGAAGAAAAGGAAGAAGAAGAAGAAGAAGAAGAAGAAGAAGAAGAAGAAGAAGAAGGCCUGGAUGGUCAUUCAGUCACACAUAACCACAACAUCAGACAGAUUUCACUUCUCUGCUCUCCAGCUUGCUUGUAUAACAUUGUGUAUAUUGCCUUAUCUAAACAGAUGUUCAUAUGAAAUAUAUGGUGCAUUAGUAUGACACUGGAAUCUUUGUUUUUUGUUCAGACAGACAAACACAGAGGUUGAAGGCAAGAAAGAGACUAGAUAAUGCCGACAGAGCAGAACUAAUCAGUGUGACUGAGCAGGAUAGUGAGUAAGUUCUGUUGGACUGCUGUCAUAACCCGCUGUGUUAUUUCCAUA